CCAACACAAAUAUAAUAUAACAAAAGAUGGCUGCUCAAGUUGAAUCAGCAAAAAGGCUUAUAAGUUUAGGAUCAGCAGGAUUGUUUGGUCUUUUCUUGAUUAAGAACUGUUUCUUUACAGUUGAGCCAGGACAUUGUGCAAUUAAAUUUAGCAAAUUCUUUGGUCUUUAGGAAGAAAAAUACAAAGAAGGAUGGCAUUUCAGAAUUCCAUAUUUUGAAACCCCAAUCGAUUACAACAUCCAAACCAGACCUAGAUAAAUCAAAGCUAGUACAGCUAAUAGAGGUAUUAUUUUAUUUAAUUAAUAAUAUAGACAUGCAAAAUGUUCUUCUUACUCUUAGAGUACUUCAUAGACCAUAUAGUGAUGAAUUACCAACCAUUUAUAGAACAUUAGGAAUUGAUUAUGAUGAAAAAGUACUCCCAUCUAUAGUAAAUGAAACAAUGAGAUCUGUUGUUGCUUAAUAUACAGCAUCAUAAUUAAUGAGUCAAAGAGAUUAAGUUUCAUUUAAAAUUAGAUAAGCUUUGGAUUAAAGAGCUGCAUAAUUCAAAAUUGCAAUUGAUGAUGUUUCAAUUACAGAACUUACUUUUGGAAAAGAAUAUUUAGAAGCUAUUGAAGCUAAAUAAGUUGCUUAAUAAGAAGCUGAAAGAGCUAAAUUUGUUGUAGAAUAAGCAAGAGAAGCCAAGAAAAGUAUUGUUAUUAAGGCAUUGGGAGAAGCAAAAUCAAUUGAAUUAGUAGGAAAAUCUGCCUUGACUAAUCCAGGUAUAAUAUAAUUCUAUAUAUAAAUUAGCAUUUUUGGAUGUUAGAAGAAUUGAGUAUGCAAGAGAAAUUUCAGCUAUUUUAGCUGAAUCUAGAAAUCAUAUUAUGUUAUCAUCAGAUAUUCUUAAAAUGGAUGCUACUGCCAAUAAAUGAGGGUUAAAUAAAAUAUUUAAUAUUUAUAUAUUCUUAG